CAUUUGUUUACUUCUGCGUCUACCCCGGAAGUGUGUAGCUACUUCAAGUAGCUGUCUAAAUGAGUUCUCUCCGAAUAAACUCGGUAUGUAACUAGAGAUUUAAAUAGGCUGGUUGACGCGUCAGCACCUAAAAUGAGCGUGACGUUGGACAUAAGACUGAAAAGAGCCAACAAAGUGUACCAUGCUGGGGAGUCGGUGGCGGGCGUCAUCGUGCUGUCCUGCAAGGAGGCGGUGCAGCAUCACGGCAUCUUUCUGAGCAUGGAGGGCCUGGUCAACCUGCAGCUGAGCUCCAAGAGCGUGGGCGUCUUUGAGGCUUUCUACAACUCUGUCAAGCCCAUUCCGCUGAUCAGCUGCAGCACUGAGGUGGCCAAGGCGGGCAAAGUCCCAGGAGGCAAGACCGAGAUCCCCUUCGAGUUCCCUCUGAACACCAAAGGCAACAAGGCUUUGUACGAGACCUACCACGGAGUCUUUGUCAACAUUCAGUACACCCUCCGCUGUGAUUUAAAGCGCUCCCUGCUGGCCAAAGACCUGAGCAGGAACUGUGAGUUCAUUGUGCACUGUCAGCCACAGAAAGAAAAGCUUGCAGCCACCCCGAUCAACUUCACCAUCACGCCAGACACCCUACAGAACAUCCGUGAGCGGAGUUCACUCCCCAAGUUCCUCAUUCGAGGCCACCUGGACACCACCAACUGCGUCAUAAGCCAGCCUCUGACUGGCGAGGUGGUGGUGGAGAGCUCAGACAUUCCCAUCAAGAGCAUCGAACUGCAGCUUGUUCGAGUGGAGACCUGCGGCUGCGCAGAAGGCUACGCCCGAGACGCCACCGAGAUCCAGAACAUCCAGAUAGCUGAGGGCGACGUGUGCCGCGCGCUGCCCAUUCCCAUCUACAUGGUGUUCCCCAGGCUGUUCACCUGUCCCACCCUGGAGACCACCAACUUCAAAGUCGAGUUCGAGGUCAACGUUGUCAUCGUGCUCCACGACGACCACCUGAUCACGGAGAACUUCCCACUCAAGCUGUGCCGAGUCUGAUUGCACAGAGGUUAGUGUCAGCAGGACUCAGCGCGUGCAAAUAAAACCCGCUCAAGACUC